CCAGGAAGGCUCCAUACUCUUGUGGCCUUCCACCCUCCCGAGUUACGUAGGGUUAUGCUUAGUGACACAACUUCCACCUUCCGAGCUCUCCUUCCUAGGGCUCUUUGCUCCUGUAGUAACUGGUUUAAAAAAACAAGUGUGGGGUCUUCACUAUUGGCAGACAUCUGGCACUGGUGGGAGUGGGGAGGAGGCUCUGCUUUUUCCCAUCCCCAUGUGGCAUAGUUGAUGACUGCACAUUUUGGGGUGGGAGUAUGAAUUCCUCACCUGAUGGGUUAUAUUCCCCACUCCACUCCAAUAAUUACUGCUCUGGUCAUCCAAGACAUUAGCUAUAAUGACCAGCAGUGAAAAAGUUAAGUGUUGAUGUUCUAAAUGGUUGUAAUUAGGAGAUAGCAGGUGGCUGAGGUAAUAUUGUUUAUUGGACCAAUUUCUGUUGGGGAAUGAGAUAAGCUUUUAAGCUGGUUUUCCAGACCUGGAAAAAGACCUCUGUCUAAACGUUGAAGUUUGUCUGUUUCACUAACAGAAAUUGGUCCAAUAAAAGAUAUUACCUCACCCAGGUUGAUCCCCAGAUAUGAAACAAGAUAUCUACAACAACACUGCUGAUGAUCAAGAUAACAGAUGGUUUACACCUCACAGUUGUUGGAGACUGCACAGGCAGGCAGGAUGAACUGUGAUCUACAUUAGAAAUAUUUAUUCCCACACAGAGGCUGGAAAUUUAACAGCUUUUUAAAGACAAGCCUAUAAGCUGAAACACAAUUCUCGAGCCAGUUAUAAAGUUCAGAGGGCCAGACUAUAGUUCAUCUAUAUCCUGCAGUGUGUGGAUCUGCCAUGACUCUUUGACAGGAGCCAGAGCCUUUCAGUGAAACUUGAGCAUGCUCAUGCCCCAUACUUCAUGCAUCACAGAUGAAUCCACCAUUGUUUUCUGUAUGUGAAUAGCAGGAAGGAGAAAAACUUCUCAUGCGAUAGUAUUUAAUAUGAUCAGCUCCAAUGAAGGACAAAACAAAGAUGAUGAUUUAAUAGGACUUUCCUUUAGUCAUGAUUGUGAGAAACACGUGCCUCCUUGGCUAAUUGUAUCCUAUAUGAGUUAUGAUAUACUAUAACAUGUCAGCUGUAACCAAAAAAUAUCACUUGUGACAUAAAAUGCAGUCUGAGAAUGUAGAAGAUAGUUUUGUUUUCAAAUCACAUUAUUUCAACAUCAGUGGUUAUCAAAUGAGCGAUGGGUUUCUGUAUAUAGUACAUUAGCUGAAGUACUACAAUAUGAAAACAAAUGCAGGCUUUAUAAUUCCAUUUUAGGGAUUUUGACUAGCCAUUGACUUUCGUGGUUUAUAGUGAUCCUCAAAACUUGUUGACCUCAAGUCAACUGACCUCCAUGCUUCCUACCCCAAUCCUUUCCCUUCGGUGUCUCUUCUCCCUUACUUUCUAUUUAGGUAAAUUUUUAUUUAAGUCAAACCAAAACAGUCAUGGCAUUAACAUGAUAUUUGACAACCAUCACGUUAUUCACUCUACUUGUAUGCUAUAUCCCUUUUCUCUCAACCUUUUGUCUGUCUUGUCUAUUUAUGCUGCAAGCUCUUCAGGGCAGGGGACUGUCUCUUAUUCUGGACCCCGCUCUUGUUUGGUUUCCAGAGACAAUUGGAGUACAUUAUUCCUUAUAUAUCCCUACUGUUGUACAGCUGUCUCUUAUUCCCCCUCUUUUAGCUUUGUGCCCUCUGCCAUGGUGUCUUACUAUGGCUGAAAAAAUAUCUCUUUUGUCCUCUGGCAUCUUUUCGCUCUUUCAAAUUCACUUCUUAAAACCCAUCUCUUAAAGCAACCUUCUCUCAUUUUGUAAUGGCCACCACUCUCUCCCCUUUUCCUGGCUUGGUAUCCUCUGUUGGUUUAAUCUGUUUUAGAUUGAGGUCUUGAGCAAGUGACAUGUCUUAUCAAUGUUUGGUAAAGUGCCUUGUAAAUUAAUGGUGCUGUAUAACUAUGAUAUAUGGUCAGGGAAAGCACAAGCACUAUCAUGUUGCAAAGGUACAAUUUCAUAGUGCUUGUCCUAGAGGAGUUCUAAAUUUAUUUCACACUGACAGCCUCACUGUAUCGUAUAAAUUGGUGCAUGAGAGAUCCAUUCAUUUAACAUCUCGGACAGUAAUUCAGUUUGGUCCUGAGUACAUUUAGUAAAUGUAUUGAAAUAAUUUUAUGUAUUGGUUUUAGGUAGAAAUCAAACUCAGUUGUAUAAAAUAUUCACAGGGUGAUUUUCGAAGAAAUGUUGUGAGGUUUCAGAUCAUAAAUUUCUAUCUCAAGUAGAAUUCAAAGUAUAUUCUGCAAAUGAAGGAGAAGUUUAUAGCCUGAAGUAUCAGAUUUAUUCUUAAUAUUUAAAGUGCAGGCUUUGUGAACUGAUAGCAGUCCCUGCAUCAGCCUGAUUGAGAUUUGGCUGAGGAACACUGUAAGGUUCUAAAACCUGCAGGUCAACUGUCACAAGUGCGGUGGAAAGAUAUUCUCAAAAAUACAUGGAUGUCUGUGUAAAAAACAUGGUGCUACCACAAUUUUUAUAGUUCAUUGUGGAUAAUGUCUUACCUUCCAAUUCCAUUUUUAGAUUCUGCCUCAGAGGAAAUAUGGUCUAGUUAUGGUAGUCAGGAGACUUGGGUUAUAUUCUUCAAUCUGUCACUAGCUUGCUACAUAACCUUGGAAAGUCACUUUAUUUAUCUAUAACUCAGUUUCUACACAUAUAAUAUGGGACUAUUCCCUGCCUUUGGAAAGUACUUUGAGAUCUUCAGCUAAAAGAUCCAAAUGUGUCUUCGGAUAGCCUGCCUUCCUCUUUGCCUUCCUCUUUGCCAGCGAGCACUUGAAUCCUGCCCUCACUAAUGUUUAUGAACACCAGAAGAAUCUACAUAAUAAGAGCAGUUAAGUUAGCUUGUUUUUAAUACGACUCUUUAGUAAUGCUUUUCAUGUUUGGCCGUUUAAAAAUAUUUUGGUGCCAAUCCUGCAAAAACUUGCACAGUUAUCAGCAAGUACUUAUAAUAAACUUAAGUUUGAAGCCUUCAUCCUGCCGACACAUAUAUGCAGGCAGAUCUUGAUGCUGGUGUAUAAUUCUAUUGACUUCUUUGGGACUCUAUAUUGGUUCAAGGGUCUGCUCACCUGGAUCCAUUUACAGAAUUGGGGCCUUAUUUUCUUUAGUUAAAAUCCAAUGUGAAUGUAUUGUUUUCCUUUUUUGAGUUUUGUUUGUCCACCAACCAAGUGGUUUAAAACUUGGUACAGUGAAUAGCUUUAAAAGGAAAGUAGAUCAGUUGUUGGGAUGUCUGUAGCGUAAAAGAAUAUGCAAGUUUGUAUAUGUUUAGUCAAAACAAGCUAUGGUUGAACAUCCAUGGAAUACAACUUUUGAAAAUGAGGUUGAAUACAUUUUCUCCAGUGGACAAACAUCAAGACAUACUGGCUAUGUAUCUUUACUCAGUUCUUUAAAAAAAAAAAAAGAAAGAAAGAAAGAAAAAAAGAAAAAAAACAACUUAUUCAUAGCUCACAAAAUCCAGGAUGUUGUAGGAAAGGGUGCUGGCAAUGCAGUAGAUGGCACUGUUCCCUCAUGUCUGAAUCAGUGUCCCAGCAUGAUGAUUGAAGGCACUGUGUGUUGCUGGAGCUUAGUACACAAGUGACUUUAAAUUGAGGUCUCGAUCAUUCAGGAUGGCAUGGUAUUUUUGCAUGAUCUGGUCAAAUUGACUCAGUAACUUCCCCCUGCCUGCCUAAAAUUCCUCUGAAGUUUCAAAUGGUCACAGUAUUUUUCACUUUCUGCUCCAUUUCAGAAGUAUUGCUAUGCACCCAGUCCUGCAUCCAAAUGGCUUCAUUUCAGAGGUUGGCAAGAUUCCUGGAUUUGUGGUAUAACAAAUUUUGUGCUUUGGGAUGUUUGGAUGAAGAGUUUUGUAUGAUGUCAGUUAUCAUCCUUGCAGUUUAAAGAAUAUUGUGCUAAAUGCACAUUCCCAGAUUGUUUCUUUCAAAUGAUGUUUAUUAAAAGUAGUUUCAUUUUAACUAUGGUGCUCAGUAAAUGAUCCAUGUUCAGCUGUAUCAUUCUGCUAAUCUAUUAAAUUUAAUAGCAAAAAUGAUUUAAUCUCAUUACUUUUUUUCUUAGAUACCCUAGAAGAAAUGCCUUUGUAAAGCUACAAAUCCAUUUCUUUGAUUGGACAGAAAUAAUUUCAGAAGUGACCCAUAAUUCCCACAAGUAGUAAGUGAAAGCGUGAGGCAUUCUCCAAAAUAUAAAAUUUUUCCCAGAAUGGGAGAUCUCUCUCUUCUCCAACAGCUGCAUAGAGAUGUGCUGGUAGGCACUCCUUUAACAAAGAACAGCCAGGAUUAUGCUUCUUUCCUCAAUCCGCAUGUUUCACCACAAGAUUCAUCCGUGAGAGUUAAUGAGUCACAUAAUCAAAUAUACCUAGAAUCUCCUAACUGGGGCACUUGGAGCCAUCAGGACUCUGAUGUUUCAGAUGCUCUUGCCCUUAUGACAGAUGAUAAAUCUGAUAGCUUUGCAAACACGAGCUCUUCAAUGUUCGGUUCACGGGAAAUGAUACUACUACAGUUAACAUUGAUCAAGAUGAUGAUUGCCAAAGUACAGUCCCAGGAAACUGAAUUCAGCAUAAAACAGAAGUACCUUGAUAUAAUAACAAUUCUUCUGAAAGAGACAAAAAUUGAUUCAAAAUUAAUUUGUCUGUGCAGUAGUUCUGAUAAACUGUUGUCUCACAUGGCUUCAAAAAGUAUAGCCUCCCUUAUAUACUUCCAACUAAAGAAAGAGAAUACGUUUAAUGUCACCUGGCUCGCUUUUUGUUUGAAGACUCUGUCAGAAUUCCCUAAGAGUGAUCAAGUAGCGGAAUGUCUAUGGAUUCUUAGAGCUAUUAUUAGAGACAUUUUGAAAGAUAAAGAUUUGCACAAAGCAGAUAUCCUGAAAAAGGUUUUCACUCCUCUUGAUACUGUACUCGAAGGAUUUUACAAUUCCAUUUUGUCUCAUCGUUUUAACUGCUGCCAAGAUACUUCACUAUAUUCUAAAGCUGCAAACAACUUGAUCGGAUUCAUAGAUUUUCUUGAAGUUCUUGUGGCCUCAAGAAUUCAAAUAGAGUCACAUUUCAAAUGCCAAAGAAUUUUAUUUUUGAAUACUUCUGGCAUCUUGGACCUCACUUAUUCAUCAGUUGAUUAUUUAAUCAAGAAGAAGUCCAUUAUGCUCCUUAAAAAAUGCAUCCUUUAUAAAGCUGGUGAAGAUUUCAUAAGUGGAUCAUUACCCACUUUAUCCCUACAGGAUCCUUAUUUGGAUAAGGAUAUGUUAGCACUGGCUAAUGUUGUUCUGCAAGCUGUGAAUUUGGGGUGGCUGAAUCAAAUACCUGUUUCUGAAAAAGCCAGCUAUUUUGGAGGCAGUGAAGCUCAACCUGAGGAUGGCAUCCACAGUGGUCCUGACCAAGUUAUCCUCAGAGCCUUAAGUUUGGUUUUACUUAAAGCUUUAGAGAUCAAGGUCCAGAAUGCUUCUGAAGCAGCUGAAAUAAAAGCAGACUUGCAGAGUUUCAUGUCCCGAUUAUUGAUAUUCUUGAAGAAACAUCUGAAGUCGUCUCCACAUUUUCAUCCAAAUGUACAUCCUUGUGAGUGGCUUUCCAUGGUCUUUAUAGAGCAAGAUGAUGACAUGCUGGAAGCUGCUAAAUCGUUGUUAACGGUUUAUUUAAAGUUUGAUAGGUUGUGGCAUGAUGCUGCUGGUAACUUAGGCCUUGCAGCAGAAGACUACGAAACCUGGAUCUGCCUGACGCAUGAGAGUGGCUGUAAUCCUCACUGUAUCUUUUUAUUUUUCCUAAGAAGUAUUGCGUUUGAUUCCACAGUUCUUCUUGACUUUUUGAUUUCAUCAGAAACCUGCUUCCUUGAGUAUUUUGUAAGAUAUUUAAAACUUCUUAGAGAAAACUGGCAUCAUUUUGUCAACAUCUCUAACUGCUUUGAUGUUGCGGCUAAAAGAGGUGUGUGUGUUUCUUUUGUCACCUCAUCCUACCAAGAAAAAAAACCCUGUCUGACAGAUUUAAGUUUGGAAAAUGCUUGUUGUGAUCCAGUACAACACACUCUGGUAUCUUUGGCUUCUUCCCAGAAGCCUUCUGUACCCAUGGAACAGCAAGGUGAUGACCAAGUUGUAAAACCCAACAAGUCUAACUCAUUAAUAUGGACUGAUAACACAUCUGCAUUGGAUUGCCUUCAAAGCCUUGUCAAUUAUGACAGUUCAGAAGAUUCUGAAUUGGAAUCAGUAGGAAAGGAGUGUUUGGCAAACAUGAAGCAGAUGCCUUCAAACAAUCAAGGCAGUACAAAGAUAAGGGAAACUGUUUGUACGGAUGUACAUGACAAACCCCAUACACUUGAAUCUAAAGUGUUGCCCCUGAAACAAAAAAGUUCUAAUCCCUUGUCACUCGGGGUAUGUAAUAUGUCUCCAAAUAACCCUGUGCCUGUAGAAAGAAUGCUUCUCAAAUCAGUGAAAUGUUUGGAAGAACUGCAAAAAGCAAUUUCUAGGUUACAGAGAAGAAACCUUUUCCCAUACAACCCAGCUGCAUUGUUGAAACUGUUGAGUCACGUUGAGACAACCAGUAAAAGCAUGAAUCUACUAUAAGGCAAUGAAAUGCUAUUGUUGACAUUUUGAAGUAAUUUCACACUAGUAUGUGAUGGAAUGUUUCCACAAGAAGAGUGUACAUGCUCAAAGAUACUUUUCUUUUGGACCUAUCAAUGUGUUUAGACCAAGCAGGCUCAACUGGUUGCCAACUGACACUUUGAAAAGACAAAUCUGCAGUGGUGUUUAAGUACUCAACCUGUUGUUUCAUGGUCCCAAACUUAUUUAUGGUACGUAUGACAGAGUGAGGGUGAGUUACUGGGUAUUAGCAAAUUUAACAAAUUGAUUAUUCACAUAAAGACAUAAUAAAGUACUUCCACUUGAAGUGUAAGCUGUAAUUCUUCUUAAUGUCAUUUUAACAUCAUAAGACCCAGCUAGAUUGUUAGUGCAUUACUGAUGCUGAUGCAGUGAUAAUUCCAGACUCAAGUACUUAGAAGCAAAGCUAUGUAAGCUCUUUGAGGCAAGGUUCAUCUGUUUUGUGUUUAUAAUGCCACAGUGCCUAGGAGCCUCAGUCCCAGACCAGGACCUCGUUGUGCUAGGUGCUGUACAGACAAAAAAUUAUAUCCCGUUCCUCCACUUCUGUGAUUUUAAUGCUAAGUUAUAUUUAUUGUUUCAUUUUUGGCCUUUACUGUAGGGCUGAUCAGCUAGUAGCAUAGCACUUUUAUUGGCCCAAAUAGGAAUUGAUAAUGUCACUGAAAAUUGAGUUUAAAAUGAAUGCCUAAAACAUAAUCAGAUGCAUUCCUUUAAAAAAAAAAAAA